UCAAAUGCCCCCCUGAUUUCGUGCUGGUCAGUUUAGAUGUGGUCUCCUUGUUUACCAACAUACCUUUUGAAUUAGUAGAGCUGAGCGUUGUCAGACAUUGGAAUGAAAUUUCUCGGCAUACUCAGAUGUCACAGAGCGACCUGUUGGAAUUAGUAAGGUUCAUCUUCGACAACACCUAUUUCACAUAUCAAGGAAGAUAUUACAGGCAGACCUUAGGUGCUCCAAUGGGAGAGGGAUCACUUGCUACAGUUCUGGAACAUUUCAACAGUUAUAACACCCACCUACAAUUCACGGCAGAAGAAGAGGUUGACAACUCCAUACCUUUUUUAGACAUCAGGGUGAUAAGAAUGGGAGAAGUGUUGAGGACUGAUUGGUAUAACAAGCCUAGUAGCUCUGGCAGGUAUUUGCAUUAUAGAUCUUGCCAUCCACAAAAUAUGAAGCUAAAUCUAGUCACACAGAUGAAAACUAGAGUCUUAAGGUUGACACAUCCAACAUUUCAUAGUCAAUGUAUUUUCAAACUGAAAAAGCUAUUUGUAAUGAAUGGAUACCCGAUAAAAUUACUUAAUAAGUUACUUUGCAAUACAUCAUCUUCACCCCCAGUCGAAGUCACCAUGUCACUAAACACCGAUGCCAUGAUAGACCGAGCAGACAUCGUUUACGCCACUAUACCAUACAUACCAGUACUCUCUAAUAAGAUUUCCCUGAUUUUCAAAGACUACAAACAUAUCAAGAUUGUUAAAACUAUGAAACAUCCAUUAUUUAAGCUAGUAUUCAGCCGCUUGAAAGACAAAGAAAAAGAAGAAUAUGAAUCUGGAGUCGUGUAUAGUAUACCUUGUGGCAGUUGUGAGAGAACAUACAUAGGACAGACUUCCAGAUGGAUCAAAGAAAGAAUAACAUCUCAUAAGAGUGAUGCAAGAAGAAAUUUAAGAACUUGUGCCUUAGCUAUACAUGCGAACAACAAUGACCAUGUAAUAGAUUAUUCUAACACAAAAAUACUCUUUAAGGAACCCCAUUACCAUAAAAGAUUAUUCUUGGAGAUGUUAUCAAUAGCAGUGACUGACAAUACAAUGAAUACAAAACAAGAUACUAACAAUCUUAAUAACAUCUACUCCUACUUGAUAGAAUUAUCUAAAAAUUUCGCAUCCACCAAUUCGUAGUUUCAACACCUGAAAAUAAUAAACAAAAUUAAGAAAGUGAAUAUAAUUCUGUGGAACCAAACAGUUGUCAUUUAUAUCUCUCUUCGACGGAUGGUG